UGGGCAACUCUGAGCCUCGCUGGGGAAAAUAAUUAAACAUGGGCAAAGGAGAUCCUAAGAAGCUGAGAGGCAAAAUGUCAUCAUAUGCAUUCUUUGUGCAAACUUGUCAAGAGGAGCACAAGAAGAAACAGCCAGAUGCUUCAGUCAACUUCUCUGAGUUUUCUAAGAAGUGCUCAGAGAUGUGGAAGACCAUGUCUGCUAAAGACAAAGGAAAAUUUGAAGAUACGGCAAAGGCGGACAAGGCCCAUAAUGAAAGAGAAAUGAAAACUUAUAUUCCCUCUAAAGGGGAAACAAAAAAAGAAUUCCAAGGAUCCCAAUGCACACUUUGUGCUCACUUCAGCAGCACAUAUACCAGUGUACCUAAGAGUCCUCCUUCGGCCUUUUUCUUGUUUUGUUCUGAGUAUCGCCCAAAAAUCAAAGGAGAACAUCCCAGCCUGUUAAUUAAUGAUGUUGCAACGAAACUGGGAGAGAUGUGGGAUAAAACUGCUUCAGAUAACAAGCAGCUGCAUGGAAAGAAGGCUGCUAAGCUGCAGGAAAAGUGGGAAAAGGAUAUUGCUGCGUACCGAGCUAAAGGAAAACCUGAUGCAGCAAAAAAGGGAGUCAUCAAGGCUGAAAAAAGCAAGCAAAAGAAGCAAGAGGAGGAAGACAAGGAAGAUGAAGAGGAUGAGAAGAAGAUGAAGAUGAUUAAUAAGUUGGUUCUGGUGCCUUUUUUUCCUUGUCUGUAA